AUGUCUCUGUCUUUCCUUAAUGUUUUCGGGAAGAAAUUGAUCCCAAAAACGGACUACUUCCCCUUAAGUUCUUUAUCAGGAACAUCAGAAGAAGUAGACUCCAGGUUUAUUGACGAAUCAACACAACAAAGGCGAAAGAAAGAUUAUUCCCCAGGUAUAGUAAUCUUGCUCUUUCUAGUAUCAUUUGUCUCUUUUAUAGCUUUAGUAAUGAACACCUAUUUUGGCUCAGGAAACACUUCAUCUUUGGUCAACUAUACUGUUGAGUCGCUCACACGAGAUGUUCAGAUAAAGGCAAUUCAUUCUCAUAAUGAUUAUUGGAGACAACGUCCGUUGCUUGAUGCUUUGAGCUACGGAGUUGUUAGUGUGGAAGCCGAUAUUUGGCAUUUCCCUCAAGGGUUGGUAUUGACUUCAACUGCAUCCACCACUGAAAAUCAAAACGGCGACCGCUCUUUUGAUAGUGAUGAACUCUAUGUCGGCCAUUCCCUGUUUUAUUUGAAGCCCAACAAUACACUUAAUGCAUUAUACUUAGAUUCUAUUUUCAAUCUCAUAUCGCAGGCAAACCCUGAGCAAAAGUAUCAGAAUAAGACCACCGCUACCUUCCCUGGUGAACCACAAUACAACGGAGUAUUUUACGAUUUUCCCGACGAGCCUUUAUAUCUUUGGUUUGACAUCAAGACUGAUGCCGACGAUACGUAUACUGCAGUUAAGCCUUUAUUGCAAAGAUUUAUAGACAAGGGAUAUUUGACACAUUACGAUACAGCGACAAAAAGCUUAGUCAAAGGACCCAUAGUAUUGACAUUGACUGGAAAUUUACCCACUGAACUUGUCAAAGCGGAAUCUACAAGAUAUGUGUUCCUUGAUGGAUCUUUGUUAAGUUUUAACCUGACUUUUGACAGCUCAUCUGCUAGUACACUUUCAGAACUGUCCCAAUUGUCUUUGGUGGCAUCGGGAUCUUUGGAAGAUAUCUUAGGGGGAGCUGAAUCGUACCAAAAUGCAAGUAGAGCUGAAUUUACUGACGAACAAGCGACCAGAAUUAAGGACCAUAUCGAUACCGCUCACAAGUAUGGGGUGAAAACCAGAAUUUGGGGAGGAAUCAACUGGCCAAACUACGUCAAAUUGGCUCAUUAUAAGACAUAUUAUUAUAUUGGAGUUGAUUUAUUGAAUGUAGACGACUUGAGACAAGCAGCCGACGAUUUCUAG